AUGGCGGGGCGACUAUUUGCGACACCUUGUCGGAGAAAAGACUAUGGCGGGGCAACUAUUUGCGACACCUUGUCGGAGAAAAGACUAUGGCAGGGCAACUAUCUGCGACACCUUGUUGGAGGAAAGACUAUGGCAGGGCAACUAUUUGCAACACCUUGUCGGGAGAUGCAACACCUUGUCGGAGAAAAGACUAUGGCGGGGCAACUAUUUGCAACACCUUGUCGGAGAAAAGACUAUGGCGGGGCAACUAUUUGCGACACCUUGUUGCCGGAGGAAAGACUAUAG